CUUAUCACGAAAAUAUUUGAUCAAAAUAAAUCUAAAUCUAUGUCUUUCAAAUGCACCAAACUUUAAAAUUAUGAAUCUCAUCGAAAGUCAAUGCAUACUGAAUUCAAAUACAGCUAUGGUUGUCAAGAUUGUGCAUUUUUUGAUAGUGUUAUUCAUAUUUCACACGGUUACUUCAACGGAUACAUCACAGAUUAAAAAUCUCGAAGAAAAUUUGGAAACAAUCGAAAAUGGACUCGAUGUGUACGGAAAUGCGACUAUUCUAUCAAUAGUAGAAAACCUGGAAAUGGAAGGCGCAAAAAUGGACAUAAGAAAUUACAAAAAUCUCCUUUCAAUUCAGCUUUACAAUGACCUGAUUGAAAUAAUUCAGCUGAGAGGAAAUACAACCAGACAAAUUUCUAAAAUGAUAUAUGAUACUGAAACCUUGCUUAAUUCCAUUAAAAAAUCACUAGCAAAGGAAAACAAUCCGGAAACACUGGACGAUUUAUUCCUUUCGAUGGAGAAUGAAGGGCUAAUAAAACAAUUGGAAAAAUCAAUAAAUCAACUGAAAACACUGAAAUCAAAAUUAUACGCAAUCAAUAAAGAUCACACCAAAUCAUUGAAGUAUAAUGGUGUAUCGAAAGCCCUACAACAAUUUUCACAUGACGAUUCCACAGAAGUACCUGUACAAGUGAGCUGGAAUGAAGAUGUGAAUGAUGAAGAACCGUUGGUGAAAUUGGAUAUUGAUCUGGAGUGUGACGAAUUGGAGAAACUUCGCAGAUUCUCCUUAAUGGUACAAGAUGAACUGAAAGAAAUGCCGAGAUCGAAUAAUGGUAUCCCAGAAGAUAACAUGCAUUCGGAAUCCAAUUCACGAAACCCAUUACCAGAAAGUGCAACCGUACCACUCUGGCUUCUCCACGAAAGAGACAUCGAAGAGAUUCGACUCAAGUACAUAACAUGGACGUCAAUAUUCCAGCAGCAUGAUAAAGAGGAAUUGAACAUCAUGAAAAAAGGGAUUAGGAAAAGAGGAUACUCAAUACCAUUCUUCUGCAAAAUUUUAGCAGAAUAUUACAACUUAACCACUAAAUUAUUGGAGUGUACGUCGCAAGAUGACUCCGAAUGCGAGAAAAUGCUAGUCGCAAUAAUGCAACACCAACAUUAUCAAGAUAUCGUUCAAAUUAUGACCUCAAUUGGACAACUCGAUAUCUAACAAUCAACAGGUCGUCGUGUUGACGAGGCACAUACAGCACCCAAUCAUUCUCGCCCAACCCCUAUCUCUCUACAAAGGCAAGAAGGAACCUUGAGAUUUGGGAAUAUGCUUCAGAUUUUACUCCCUACUCACCUCUAUAAAUUUGAGAGUGUUUCGGCCACCACGGCAGAGUUCCCAUUAUAAACGUGAAAUAAAAUGUACUCGAAUCGUUUUUUUUUUUACUGUAUACUGCAAAUUUUAAGACAGACGUGAAUUUAUAAGCAAUUUUUAUUAAAUUUA